AUGCUGUCGUCCUCCGGGGACGAAGGUGCCCCUCCCGACCGCUCGGCUUCCCUUCCUACAACUCUCUUAGAUACCCUGCUGCCUUGUCCUCCCGAGGCCGUUCCGCCUCUACUGGUGGCCGACGCCGUCACUAACGCUGAAGAAGCUCGUCAGUUGGAUCGCCUACGCACAUUCGCUUCGCAAGACGAAGACCGCUCCCGGUAUGACGCCCGCCACCGCGCUGUGGAAUACAGCGUCGGAGAUGAAGUUCUCCUGUGGACACCAACACGUCUGCCUGGCCGUUCCACGAAACUCUUGAAGCGCUACGUUGGCCCGUAUCGCGUGACUAGGCAGCUCUCCCCUCUCAACUACGAGGUCACACCCCUUCUACCGCCGCCUGACCGCCGCUCACGUGGAACAGAAGUUGUUCACGUGUUGCGUAUGAAGCCUUUCGUCCGGCCGGCCGAACCCCCAGCCCAGCCUUCCGAAGAAGGGGGGGUAAUGUCGUGA